AUGCAACUGGAAAAACUUCAAUCGUUCAAGACCUACUUUCCUGAUUGGAUAGUAGUGGCUGCCCUACGCACAAUCCAUAACUUGUUCGGGAAACACUGGAUUCCAUUUCAGCGUCUUUUCCACAUCAAUGAUCUCACCAUCUCGCAUCCAUAUACAUCGAAACAACGCGUAGGUCGAUUUGAGUUGUACUUGUACUCGACAUACAUACCAUGUGUUGUUCUUGUUGUCUUGUCAGUGUUAAGGGGCGACUCAUUGCACUCUAAACUCCACCUGGCACAGGUUUCACUACUUGGGUUGUUGUUUAGUGUGUCUGCGGUGUCUGUGUUUACUGAUCUUCUCAAGUGCUGGAUAGGUAAUCAUCGACCAGAUUUCAUUGCUCGUUGUGGACCAUCGUUCGAAACUCCUAUAGACACCUUGGUUGACUUGAGUGUGUGUACUAUGCCGAUGGGAAAGAAACAUUUGUAUGAUGGGUUGAGGUCUACACCAUCGGGUCAUUCAUCCAUGGCUUUUGCAGGGUUGUUGUUCCUAACCCUAUGGAUAUUCAACCAGUUUGCUUUUUUAUCGAGAGUCAGGCACCGUGCUGCAUUGGUCAUUGUUGGUAGUUUGCCCGUUUUGGCAGCAACGUAUAUUGCCAUCAGCAGAACCCAAGACUACCGUCACCAUUUCUUUGAUGUGGCGUUUGGAAGUCUGUUGGGGAUAGUAUUUGCUUGGUUUAGUUAUUGGAAGUAUCGGGUAUAG